ACACUACGACUCCAAAUUUAUGAGCCGAUAGAGCAAUUAUUUUAAUGGCUACCACUCACCUUCUGUUACUAUCUUUACCUUCUCGAAUCCCCAUUUUGUCCUUCGUUUCCUUCCACGCUACACGCUCUCGCCUCCGACGGCGGUCCUUCUCCCGCAUCGCUGGAUCCCGCCGUAAAUCUCAACGUCAAUCUCGUCGGAAAGUUCCAGAAAGUGAGAUGUCUGUUGCUGUCUCAGUGGCCGCCCCGUCUCAGAGGCGAGACAGAGAUGACGAUUCGGUUUUGGAUUCCAGAAACAGUUCUGGAAAAGGGGAACUAUUGACAACAGAUACGGAAGGACAAGCAUCUGCUUCAACGAAGAUAGCUCCACGGAAAAGCAGAUUUCCUGGUGGUAAAAUUAAGUUUUUUGGAGUUGAUUUGACCCCUGACAAUGUUGCAGUGGCCAUGGUUUAUUUUGUUCAAGGUGUUUUAGGCCUUUCAAGGCUUGCUGUCAGUUUUUACUUGAAAGAUGAUCUGCAUCUUGAUCCUGCAGAGACAGCUGUAAUAUCUGGUUUCUCUGCACUACCAUGGCUUGUCAAACCUCUAUAUGGAUUUAUUAGUGAUUCAGUACCACUCUUUGGUUACCGAAGAAGAUCAUACUUGGUUCUAUCGGGACUUCUUGGUGCACUUUCAUGGAGUUUGAUGGCCACCUUUGUUGACAGCAAGUAUGGUGCAGCCUUCUGCAUACUUCUUGGGUCUCUUUCUGUUGCUUUCUCUGAUGUUGUUGUAGACUCAAUGGUUGUAGAGAGAGCUCGUGGCGAGUCACAGAGCAUGUCAGGAUCUCUCCAGUCUUUAUGUUGGGGAUCAUCAGCUUUUGGUGGAAUAGUGAGCUCCUAUUUUAGUGGCUCUCUGGUUGAUUCUUAUGGUGUGAGGUUUGUUUUUGGUGUAACGGCGCUACUACCUUUGAUAACAUCUGCAGUUGCUGUUCUUGUAAAAGAGCAGCGUGUAGUUAAUAGUGCAAGGGGGCCGAAUAUUCCCUGGGCCAAUCGUAGCUUUCUUGAAAACUCAAAGGAACAUGUUAUUCAGUUGUGGAGUGCUGUAAAGCAGCCUACUGUGUUCCUUCCCACAUUAUUUAUUUUCCUGUGGCAGGCAACACCACAUUCAGACUCUGCCAUGUUUUAUUUUACCACGAACAAACUUGGUUUCACUCCAGAAUUUCUAGGACGUGUCAAGCUUGUGACUUCAGUUGCAUCAUUGCUUGGUGUUGGACUGUAUAAUGGAUUCCUGAAAAAUGUUCCAUUGCGGAAAAUUUUUUUGGUAACAACUAUUCUAGGUACAGCUCUCGGGAUGACCCAGGUUUUCCUUGUCACGGGCUUUAACCGAAAAUUAGGCAUAAGUGAUGAAUGGUUUUCAAUUGGCGAUUCUUUGAUUCUAACAGUUCUUGGUCAGGCUUCUUUUAUGCCAGUUCUUGUGUUAGCAGCAAGACUAUGUCCAGAGGGAAUGGAAGCAACUCUUUUUGCAACCCUUAUGUCAAUUUCAAAUGGAGGGAGUGUUGUUGGGGGACUGAUAGGGGCAGGUUUGACCCAACUCUUUCAUGUCACAAAGGACAGUUUUGAUAACUUGGCCCUUUUGAUAAUUCUCUGCAAUCUCAGUUCAUUAUUGCCUUUGCCCCUUCUUGGACUCCUUUCUCAAGGUACUACUGAUACCAGCUCCAAGGAGGAGGAGGAUAUUGAAAUGAAGUCCAAUUAAAUUGUAAAUUUCCUCUUUCCUCGAGGUACAUCCGGUACCAGCUCCAAGGAUGAUGGUAAUAUUGAAAUGAAAGUCCAAUUGAAUUGUGGUUGCUUCUUCCAUUAUCCUGCCGUUGUGCAUCAUCAUUCAGUUGCAUCUUCUGAUUCCUGCUGUCCGAAUUUUAAGCCUUUAGGCAGAUAGAAAUUCUGAACAUUAUACUAAUAGGUGAUUAUUCAAGUUUUCUCUGGAUUAAUCUCCAUCCGACGAUGAUACGAGUACCUGAUCUGACAUAUCAGCAUAAAGUAUGACCAUAAUAAGGUAGGCGAGGAAUAGAGACUCAGAUUGCAUUAUGCUAUAACAGGAUUCAACCCUAGUUAGGUGUGUAAGUUGGAACAGCUGUGUUUCUGGUGGCAAGGCCAUAUUUUUUCUUUCAAUUAUGAACUCUGCGAUUCUUGCCUUUGAUAGGAACUUGUUGUAUGAGCAGUAUUUGGCAAAA